UACCUAGCAUGUUAGAUUAACCCUUAGCACAUGUGAGAGCGUAAAGAAGCUUUGCUAAACUGUAGAAUUUAUCAGCGUUGUUUUAUUAGUUUUCUUUAUUCCGACGAACAUUUAGAACAUGAAGAAGAAGCAGGCAGUAACAGAAGAACCAACAGAGAUGCAUUCCUUUGACUUGUCCCAUGAAGAUGAUGAAGAUGAUGAUGGUGAUGAUGAUGAAGGGGAACAACUUGCUGCUCCUAUUAAGCCCAAAAGGGUCCGAAGUAAUGAAGAGGAGGAAGAAGUGGUCUACCAUCCAGUGAAACUGUCCAGGAAUGAUUUAUAUAGACCUCCAACAGCUGAGGAGCUAAAUCACCUGAAAGAGGCUGAAAGCCUGUUUCAUUGCAGCCUUCUUAAGAUGCAGAUGGAGGAGCUGCUGAAGGAGGUUACCCUGAGUGAACGCAGGAAACAACAAAUCGAUUCCUUUGUUAAGACGGUCACAAGGCUGCUUGAGACGGUCCCAGUAUCACCAGAGGUUGAGGUGAGUGACUUGUCAUGGCUGUCCGGUGCAGUUAAGGUUCCUUUUCUUCUGGUGCCCAAAACAACAAAGGGCAAAUUCCACAUGGCACCUCCUGCUUCCAUUGAUCUGAUUGGGAGCUACCCACUGGGAACCUGCAUUAAGCCUAACAUUAAGGUGGACCUCGCCGUCACAAUCCCAGCUGAUGUUCUCCGUCCAAAAGAUGUUUUAAACCAGAAAUAUCCAAGGAAAAGAGCCCUCUAUCUUGCAGGACUUGCCCAACACCUGAAGUCCUCCUCUGACAUUGGGACAAUGCGCUAUUCUUGUCUCCAUGGUAAUAGACUCCAUCCAGUCCUGCUGCUGACUCCCUCAGGCAAAGACUCUUCGUGUUUCACUGUAUGUGUUCAUGUCUGCCCGCCUCCUGGGUUCUUCAAGCCCAGUCGGUUCCACCCCCAGAGGAAUAACAUCAGGUCAGAGUGGUAUACUGGACUGCAGGCUUCCCAUGCUGAGGGUAGCGGACCUCCAACUCCACACUACAACACCUCUGUUUUGGCAGAUUUAUUGCCCAGGGCUCAUUUCCAGUUUCUUUCUGCCAUCAAAUCCCAGUGCUCAGCUUUCUGUGAUGGUGUAGCUUUGCUCAAAGUCUGGCUUCAUCAAAGAGAGCUGGACCAGGGCACUGGUUGUUUUAAUGGAUUUCUCGCUUCAAUGCUCAUGGCGUAUCUGUUGAUCAAUCAUCGGAUCAGUAACUCCAUGACGGCCUAUCAGCUGCUUCGAAACAGCUUGAAUUUCCUAGCAACUACAGACCUGACUGUAAGCGGGAUAAGCCUAGCAAGGGAUCCUGAUUCCACAGCUCCGUCUCUUGCAGAGUUCCACAGUGCGUUCCAGGUUGUCUUUGUUGACCCCUCAGGACAUCUUAACAUGUGUGCUGGCAUGACUGCUUGUACCUACAAACAGCUGCAGCAUGAGGCCGUCGUUUCUAUGAAGUUCUGGGACGACCCGACGGUGGACGGCUUCCACUGCCUCCUCAUGACCCCCAAACCGAUGAUCAGGACAAGCGACCAUGUUUUCCAGUUAUGUGACUUGGUGAAGCUCCAAGCUUGCUGUAAGAAACAGAACCUUCUCCAUGAGUUGAUGGACCGCAGUGGAAAUUAUGUCGAGACUGCGCUUCCGUUUGUCCUCUCGCUGCUCCAGAAAGGUCUUGGCCAGAGGAUUCACCUCCUCAUCCACUCCCUCUCUCCUGACCCAGAGUGGUCUGUGGAGAGCGAAGCCCCGAAGUACAAGGCUCAGCCUCCCCUUUCCUUCGGUUUGCUUCUAAAUCCAGAGUUGGCAGCUUCCGUCUUGGAAAGAGGUCCACCAGCAGACAAUCCCAAGGCAGCAGAGUUCCGUCAGCUUUGGGGCUCUCGCUCCGAGCUGCGUCGCUUCCAGGAUGGUGCCAUCACCGAGGCGGUGCUUUGGGAUGGAAAGAGCACGUACCAAAAGAGGCUGGUCCCCAAACAGAUCAUCACACACCUGCUACAGCUACAUGCAGAUAUCCCAGAGUCCUGUGUGCGUUUUGUCGGAGCCAUGAUAGAUGAUAUCAUCGCAAAAGGAAAUGAGGUGCCAAGUACUGGAGAGGAGGAGAGCUUAGUCGUGGUGCAGUCCUACGAUGAUCUAAGCAGGAAACUGUGGAACCUGGAGGGUCUGCCUCUUUCCAUUACUGCAGUGCAAGGAGCCCACCCUGCCCUUAGAUACACACAGGUGUUUCCUCCAGAGCCAGUGAAGCUGGACUAUUCCUUCUUUGACCGAGAAAAGACUUGCAGGUCUUUGAUUCCAAAGGAAGACAAACCCUGUCCACAUUAUAUCACUCCUAUAACAGUGAUUUGUCACAUGGAGGGAAGUGGCAAGUGGCCUCAUGACCGAACUGCAAUCCGCCACAUCCGAGCUGCCUUCCACAUCAGCCUGGCAGAGUUGCUCAAGAAGAACUACAACUAUACUUGCAGGCCCUGCCCCACUCACUUAGACGUUUGGAAGGAUGGUUUGGUGUUUCGGAUCCAGGUGGCCUACCAUCGAGAGCCUCAGGUGCUGAGGGAGAGCGUGACUGCUGAUGGUCUGCUGGUUGUAAGAGACAAUGAGGAGGCUCAGGCUCUGGAGAUGGCCACUAUUCACAAGCCUCUCUUAACAAGCACAUUGCACGGUCUCCAGCAGCAGCACCCAUGUUUCGGAGCAGUGUGUCGCCUGGCUAAGCGCUGGCUCGCUGCUCAGCUCUUCAGUGAAGCCGUUUCAGAAGAUGCAGCCGAUCUGUUGGUGGCGUCGCUUUUUCUGCAGCCUGCUCCCUUUACUCCUCCGAGCUCUCCCCAGGUGGGCUUCCUCCGAUUCCUUCGUUUGCUCUCUGCCUUUGAUUGGAGGAACAACCCGCUGGUGGUCAACCUCAACAACCAGCUCACAGCUGCAGAGUACACAGAGAUCAAGAAUGACUUCAUGGCCUCUAGAGAGUCUCUGCCUGUCAUGUUCAUAGCAACACCUAAAGACAAAAAGCUGUCUAUGUGGACCAGACGGGCACCCAGUGUGCAGAUGCUUCAGCGCGUGAUGAUGGUGGCGGCUGAGAGCCUUAAGGUACUGGAACAGCAGCUGAUGGACGGCAGCCAGAUCCAAGAUGUCAGGGUUAUUAUGCGCCCUCCACUUGAUGCAUAUGAUGUUUUGAUUCACCUGAAUCGGAAGCAGGUUCCUCUGCUCAGACAUGCUGUGGACCCUCCAGCUGUGUCUUUUAGCAGAGGAGUAUUAGCUGACGCUGCAGCUCAGCUCGGAGGAGCCCUGCCUGUUAUCGACUACAACCCUGUGUCUCUCUACCUGACAGAGCUUAGAGAGGCAUUUGGAGACCUAGCCCUGUUCUUCUGUGAUCCAUAUGGUGGAACGGUGAUUUCAGUCUUAUGGAAACCUAAAGCCUUUGAACCUGUGCCUUUUAAAACGUCUCAGGUGGCUGCUCGAAGCGUGAAGGUGACAGGUGAGGAGGUGAAAACCGUUCCCAAUGUUGAAGCAAUCCUGGAGGACUUCCGUGUGAUUGGAAAGGGUUUGGUGAAAUCGGUGGAAGCAAGAACUGAAAAAUGGAUUUUUUAGACUGAAAACACCUCAUUUUUUUAUUCCAUCAAAUAUUCUAUUAACAUGACAUUUUAUUUGAAUGCUUAAAAUUGACUAAGAUAAAGAAAAGGACCAACAACACUUUAAUCCUCUUAAACAGCCAAUAUUGUAAUUGUAUUGUUUAAAAAGAUAAACUCAAUAUUUGUUCUUGAUGGUCUGUUUUGUGUUAAUAAAUGCAUUUCA